AUGACCCAACUGGGCUUCCUGCUGUUUAUCAUGGUUGCCACCAGAGGGUGCAGUGCAGCCAUUCCCAACUACGCCAAACCCCUACUCUUAGCAAAGAAAAAGAACCUGGACACCAACAGAUGGGGCAAUUCUUUCUUUUCCUCUCUGCCCAGAAGCUGCAAGGAAAUUAAGCAGGAGCACACAAAGGCACAAGAUGGCCUCUAUUUCCUGCGUACGGAGAAUGGUGUCAUCUACCAAACCUUCUGUGACAUGACCACUGCAGGUGGUGGCUGGACCCUGGUUGCUAGUGUGCACGAGAACAACAUGCGCGGGAAGUGCACUGUGGGCGAUCGCUGGUCCAGUCAGCAAGGCAACAGAGCUGAUUACCCAGAGGGGGAUGGCAACUGGGCCAACUACAACACCUUUGGGUCUGCAGAGGGUGCCACAAGUGAUGACUACAAGAACCCUGGCUACUUCGACAUCCAGGCAGAGAACCUGGGCAUCUGGCAUGUGCCCAACAAUAGCCCCCUGCACAACUGGAGGAAAAGCUCCCUGCUGAGGUACCGCACCUUCACUGGCUUCCUGCAACACUUGGGCCAUAAUCUGUUUGGCCUCUACCAGAAGUAUCCGGUGAAAUACGGAGGAGGAAAGUGUUGGACUGACAAUGGUCCAGCAUUACCUGUGGUUUAGGAUUUUGGUGAUGCUCAGAAGACAGCCUCUUAUUACUCCCCCUCUGGCCAGAAUGAAUUCACUGCAGGAUAUGUUCAGUUCAGAGUGUUCAAUAAUGAGAGAGCAGCCAGUGCCUUGUGUGCUGGCGUGAGGGUCACUGGAUGUAAUACCGAACAU